ACGUCACUCUCUCUCCAUUUUAUCUCUCUAAAAACCGUAUCUGAAUUUCUCUCUCUCUUAACAGAGAGUGACCUGGAAAAAAAUGGAUUUGAAAUCCGAUUUGAGAGCCUCCAUAUUUCAAAAAUCAAAUUAAAACCAUCUUUUCGUUUCUCGAUUUCAUUUUCACCCAAUUCCAAGAUCACACUCCUAGGGUUUUGAUUCAUCCACUCUCUCUCUCUCUCUCGUCUUUCAGAUCCUUCACAGCUUUCUUCAAUGGUCUUCUUUUGAUCGUCCUAUGCGAUUGCGAGCUUGCAAUGGAUGCUGACAUUGAUGUACCUGUUUCGGAAAAUGGCAUGAGCCAUCGAAAUGGAGUUUACGAACAACUUCAUGUCCUUGGAGUAGGUGUUGUUUUGGAGAAUGUGGAUGGGGCUCCUGCUAGUGGUUCAGCAAUUGCAAGGCCAAAUAGGAAUCCUGAAACUGGUGACAAGUUGGAAGACGGAGCUACUAACUCAAAUACUGAAGCAAUUCCAGACAGACCAACUGCUCGUGCUGAAAGUAAUGGUUUAAUGGUCUCUAAGGAACUUGGAGAGAAAGAAACAGACCAUUCAAAGGGUCUUAAACCACAAAAGGGUCAAGGUAAGGCCAAAAUUGAAAAGCUUUCCAGCCCCAAACAUGCUGGGGCAACGUGGGUGAAAAAGAGCAAAGACGGAAAAGAUAUGGAGACAACUUCUGCCCAUUCAAAUGGUUCCUUGGCUUCAAAUUCUUGCCCAAAACAACCUUUUGCUCUUAGAACAAUGGGUAGAUCAUUUAAUGAUAGAGAGGUUAUUGACAGCAACUCUAAACCAAGACCUGCUCUAAUCAAUGCUCGCAUACCCAAGCAAUCUGGAAAGUCUGAUGCAGCGUCAUUCACUGUGAAUGAAACACAGCCUGAAGGCCUUAUGGAGAAGGAAAAACUGAAACCAUUGAAAAAAGGCCAGCCAAAUAAAGCUGAAGGAGGAAGCAGUGAAUCUUCUUUAAGCCCCACCACAGGAGAUGCUAAACCUCGUAAAGUGGGAACUCUUCCGUCGUACAAUAUCAAUUUUAAGUGCGAUGAAAGAGCUGAAAAAAGAAGAGAGUUUUACUCUAAACUUGAGGAAAAGAUUCAUGCAAAGGAAGUAGAAAAGAGUAACUUGCAAGCCAAAACCCAGGAAACUCAAGAAGCUGAGAUUAAAAUGUUAAGAAAAAGCUUGACUUUUAAAGCAACACCGAUGCCAAGCUUCUAUCAGGAACCUCCUCCUCCUAAGCCCGAGUUAAAGAAGAUACCACCAACAAGAGCCAAAUCUCCCAAGCUUGGUAGAAAGAAGAGCUCACCCACCAGAGACACUGAAGGAAACACUAGCCGCAGCUAUCGAUCUGGUCGGUUAAGUUUCGAUGAGAAGUUGUCACAAAAUAACGUGACCAAGGUACCUCCUGCCCAUCUUAAGAAGCCGCAGCGAAAGUCCCUCCCUAAACUGCCUUCUGAAAAAACCAUCCUAACCAAUAAAGGGAACGAAGCUUCAUCUCAUAAAACCACCUUACCCAAAGAAACCAGUGAAGAUCGAGAGCCGGAGGCAGCUCCUAGUGUUGAACCAGGCCAUACUCAGCCCAACAUGGAUGAUGUGCCUGUAGUAGAAGAUCAAGCCCAGACCAUCUUGGUGCAGGAACCAAUUGCAUUGGAGAAUUAAACACCACAGGCAUUGGAACUGAAUAUGUAUUUAUUGAGCCCUUAAUCCUAUUUUCGCCUAAAUAUUACAAGAGGAAUGAAUAAAACUGGAAUGAUUUGGCGAUAAAGGUGUGAAGGAUUUUGUAUUAAGGCUUGUUAUGUGGUCGAGUCCAUAAGGCGGCAGCGAGGUUUGCUCGUUUAAUGUGUGAUGGCUUUGAAGGUUGCUUGCUUUCUUGCGUGGUCAUUAGGAUUGUCCAUUGUAUCGUAUGCAGCAUUGUAAGAUAACUCUUUGUCAGUUUGUUUUGCCAACUUAUGUUUAAAUAUCAUCCUUUUAGUUGCCUGGUUGUCGAGACAAAUAUGGGAAAUUUUUGGGGAAAAUCUUUUGUUAGUUAGUCGGUUGUUGAAGUAUUUGCUGUUCAGAUACUAUGAUGAACAAAUGGGUAUUGUUUAUGAGUUGAGGCUUCUGUUGUAUUGCUUGUCAA